AUGAUAAACAAUGAUUAUCUGUCAAAUAAUCUUGUGGAUGAACAACAACACUCACUUCGUUCUAAUGGAAUUCUUCUUGUUGAAAGACCAAUUAUUACGCAAAAAUCAUUCAAUGAAGUUUUUAUACCAACAACGUAUGACGAUCAAACUCCCGUCAUUUUAUUCAAACGAUUCAAACAUAGUUUAAGAGAGAAUUGUGUACCAUCCGUAAGAUGUGGGAAAUCAUAUAUCAAUACAUUAUUUCCAUUUCUAUCAUGGAUUCGGAGAUAUGAACGUGGUUGGUUACCAGCGGACAUCCUUUGUGGGUUGACUAUCGCUAUUAUGCAAAUACCACAAGGAAUGGCUUAUGCCUUGCUCGCCAACUUACCUGCAGUUUUAGGAGCAAUUGCCGUUGUUAGUUUAAUGACAGGGAAUGUAAUAGAUCGUUUAUCAAGUGUGCAUCAUCCUAUAGUAGCAAAUGAGAUUUACAAAAAUAAUACAUUGCCAAUUCUCAUUACCAACGACCCAUCGUACGCAAUAACAAUCGGAACAACUCUUGCGUUGGCUGUUGGUAUUAUACAGCUAAUUCUCAGUAUUUGUCGGCUGGGUUUUGUUACGGCAUUUUUAUCGGAUGCUUUUAUUAGUGGUUAUACUACUGGAACGGCCGUUCUGGUGUUCACAAGUCAGAUUAGUGAUAUUUUUGGACUAACUAUUAAACGUUAUGUGGGACCACUGAAUAUUCUCUAUACUUAUAUCGAUAUAUUUAAGAAUCUCAAAAAUGCAAAUCCGACAACAGUUAUUAUCUCUCUAUGUUCAAUUACUUUAUUGGUUCUUGUUAAGGAGUUUAUCGAACCAUUCUAUAAAAGACAAUUGGAAAAAAUAAGAAUGUUUAGACAUCUACAGAUUCCUAUACCAAUUGAGUUGAUUGUGAUUAUAUGUGGCACUGUUGUUUCACAUAUCGCUGAAUUAAAUUCAAAAUAUCAUGUAAAGAUUGUGCAAAAAGUUGAUAGUGGAUUUCCUAGUCCUCGUGCUCCGUCUAUUAUGUUACUACCAGAAGUAAUUAAAGACGCCGUUGUUAUUUCAAUUGUUUCAUUUGCGAUAUGCAUCAGCUUAGCAACAACUUAUGCAAAACGAUUUAAAUAUGUUGUAGACGGAAAUCAAGAACUAUUAGCGUACGGCUUAUGUAGUGUUGUUAGUUCGUUCUUCUCUUGUUUUCCUUCGUCAGCGUCAUUAUCUCGAACAAGCGUUUACGUCAAAGCUGGUGGAAAAACUCAACUAGCAAGUUUAAUAGCAUGUUUCUUUCUAUUAAUGAUUAUUUUGAAAAUUGGUCCAUUAUUUCAACCAUUACCGAAGGCCUGUUUAGCUUCGAUCAUUGUUGUUGCGCUGAAAAACUUAUUUUUACAAGCAAAAGACAUAUGGAAAAUUGGACGAAUAACGAAAUUAGAAUCAAUUGUUUGGAUUUUAACAUUUCUCAGCACAGUUAUUCUCGAUAUCGACUUGGGUCUGAUAAUUGGUGUCGCCGUUUCACUUGUUAUUGUAAUAUUACGACAGUUUAGACCGCGUACAACAAUACUUGGGCAAUUCAAUCGUAGUGAAGUGUAUAAAAAUGCGAAACGUUAUUCUAAUGUGCAUGAAUUAUCCAAUAUAAAAAUUUUUCGGUUUGAAUCUUGCAUUACUUAUUUUAAUGCCGAUUAUUUUCGUUCACGUUUAUUACAUACGGCUGGAAUAGAUUUGACCAGCAAUUGUCGAAAUGACUAUAAAAAUACGGAUACAUUAAUUAACAAAACUUAUCGCUUAACAAAUGUCAUUGUUGAUUGUUCGUCGAUGAAUCAAAUCGAUUACACUGGUGCAAAAAUAUUUAUCCAAACUAUUAAAGAUCUGAAUGAUGCAGAAUUUAAAGUGUAUUUGUGCAAUAUGAGAUAUUACAUUUAUGAGUUACUUGAACGAUUGAAAAUGACUGAAACAUGCAGUGUCUUUGUUACGGCCACGAUUCAUGACGCUGUUUAUAACAUUAAAGAGAAAAUGUCAGAGAAUAAUACGCAGGUGAAUAUUAUCUGUGAUCGUUAUUCGUUCGCUGAUGGAAUAAGUGGAACAUCGACAAUUUCUUCGGCGUGUAUGAUCAUGUUGUUGAAGGAUAUCAUCUUCUGCGUACUUUUUUUGACUGUUUCCAUUUUAAAUUAUGUGUAUACAGAAGAACAAAGUGGAAUCGUUAAUACCGAUGUUGAACGUUCAGUUGAUCUUGUUUCCCAUUUACCAAAACACACAACAACAAUAACAAUUGAAAAUCGAGGCUCAAAAUCAAUACGAACAUAUGAAUAUUAUGUUGAACCUCAAUAUGCAAAUGAUGUUGCCUAUGUCGGUGCUUCGAUCAAAAGGCGAGAUGAUGACGAGAGAUCACCCUUAGGUGUUAAAACUGAAACAUCAACAGAUAAAAGCAAAGGUAACUUAUAUCUAAUUGAUCUCGGAAAUGAUGUUCAAUCCGGUAAAACAUUUACGUUUGAAGUGGAAGUUGUUUAUGUUCAUGCCUUAAAACCAUAUCCAACUGAAAUAACACAAGGUGAACGUCAAUUAAUUCUGUAUAAAAUGAAUGUUUAUUAUUAUACAAAAUAUUCAACAACUACACAAAAAACUAUCAUCACAUUACCAACUGAUCGUGCUGAAUCCUAUGCACAAUUACCUAAACCUGUGAAUAAAAAUGAUCAAACAAUUACCUAUGGUUCAUAUGAAAAUACACCAACAUAUUCAAAACAAGAAAUCAUAUUGCAUUAUGAAAAUAAUAAUCCAUUUUUAACGAUAAGUAAUUUAAAUCGUUGGAUUGAAAUAUCACAUUGGGGAAAUAUUGCUGUUGAAGAAACAAUUGACAUGUAUCACAGUGGUGCAAAAUUGAAAGGAUCAUUUUCAAGAUUAGAUUUUCAACGUCGACAAGAUAGUUAUUCGGCAGUUAAAACAUUUAAAACAUCAUUACCAGCUGCUGCACGUGAUGUAUAUUAUCGCGACGAAAUUGGUAACAUUUCAACGAGUCAUGUACGUGAAAUGUCUGAUCAAGUUGAAGUUGAAAUUCGUCCACGUUUUCCGCUAUAUGGUGGUUGGAAAACUCAUUACAUCCUUGGUUACAAUGUUCCAUCGUAUCAAUAUUUAUUUAAUAAAGGAAAUAAUUAUGUAUUAAAAAUGCGUUUAAUCGAUCAUGUUUACGAUGAUCAACUACUUGAACAAGUUCAUAUUAAAAUUGUUUUACCUGAAGGUGCUAGUAAUAUUGAAUUUUAUCCACCACCGUACGAUGUUCAACGUUUAGCACAUGAAAAACAUUUUACCUAUUUGGAUACAGUUGGUCGUCCAGUUGUUGUUGUACGAAAGAGAAAUGUUGUGUUUAAUCAUAUUCAAGAUUUUGAGUUACAUUAUACAUUUGAAAAAUAUUUAUUAUUACGUGAACCAUUGUUAAUUGUUGGUGUAUUGUUUUGUCUCUUUUCUGCUGUGACGGUAUUAGUUCGAUUAAAUUUUUCUAUAACAGAAAAUGAAGGUAAUGAAUCACGUUUAAGAUUACAAGCAAUUUGGGAUCAAGUAAUUGAUUCAAAUUCAAAUCGUUUACAAUUAUAUCAAAAAUUUGAUGAUGCUUUGAAUAUGUUUAAAACAAAUAAAGAUAUACGAGUAUAUAAUGAUACACGAAAAAAAAUUGAAAACGAAUUAAAAUUAGUUAAUCAAGAAUUAAACGCAUUUGCACUAAAAGCGAAAAGUGAUAGCAUAGAUGGAUCAGAAAAGAUGGCUGAACUACAACGUAUUGAUACUCAAAUUCGUGAACACCAACAGCUUUUAAGUGGCCACGCAGAAAAAUUUAUAGGAAAUAAACAAACAAAGCAAGUGUAUAUGGAGAAUGAAACAAAUAUUCGUAGUAAAAUACGUGAGCUUAAUGCACGAAUAUCGGCUAUUAUUAAUCAAUAUUAA